GGAGCGGCGGGGCCCGGGUCCUCUCCGCCGCCCUGCCGCUGCCGCCGCGCCGAGCCGCUCGCCCAGCCCCGCCAUGGCCGGGGCCAUCGCGUCCCGCAUGAGCUUCAGCUCCCUGAAGAGGAAGCAGCCCAAGACCUUCACCGUGCGCAUCGUCACCAUGGACGCCGAGAUGGAGUUCAGCUGCGAGGUGAAGUGGAAAGGGAAGGACCUGUUUGAUCUGGUCUGCAGGACCCUGGGGCUCCGAGAAACCUGGUUCUUUGGCCUUCAGUACACCAUCAAGGACACCGUGGCCUGGCUCAAAAUGGACAAGAAGGUGCUGGAUCACGACGUGCCCACAGAAGAGCCUGUCACCUUCCACUUCCUGGCCAAAUUCUAUCCUGAGAAUGCAGAGGAGGAGCUGGUCCAGGAGAUCACACAGCACUUGUUCUUCCUGCAGGUGAAGAAGCAGAUUUUGGAUGAGAAGAUCUACUGUCCUCCUGAAGCCUCUGUCCUGCUGGCCUCCUACGCUGUCCAAGCCAAGUACGGUGACUACGACCCCAACGUCCACAAAAGAGGCUUCUUGGCACAGGAGGAGCUGCUGCCAAAGCGGGUGAUAAACCUGUACCAGAUGACUCCAGAGAUGUGGGAGGAGAGGAUCACAGCCUGGUACGCUGAGCACCGGGGCAGAGCCAGAGAUGAAGCUGAGAUGGAGUACUUGAAGAUAGCUCAGGACCUGGAGAUGUAUGGAGUCAACUACUUUGCAAUCAGGAAUAAGAAAGGCACUGAGCUGCUCCUUGGAGUGGAUGCUUUGGGGCUUCACAUCUAUGACCCAGACAAUAGACUGACCCCCAAAAUCUCCUUCCCCUGGAACGAGAUCCGGAACAUCUCCUACAGCGACAAAGAGUUCACGAUUAAGCCGUUGGACAAAAAGAUCGAUGUGUUCAAGUUCAACUCCUCCAAGCUGCGUGUGAACAAGCUGAUUCUCCAGCUGUGCAUUGGAAACCAUGACCUGUUCAUGAGGAGGAGGAAAGCAGACUCCUUGGAGGUGCAGCAGAUGAAGGCACAGGCCAGGGAGGAGAAAGCCAGGAAGCAGAUGGAACGGCAGCGACUGGCCCGAGAGAAGCAAAUGAGGGAGGAGGCUGAGAGGACGAGGGAUGAGCUGGAGAGGAGGUUGAUGCAGUUAAAGGAAGAGGCAACGAUGGCCAACGAGGCCCUGAUGAGGUCUGAAGAGACAGCAGACUUGCUGGCUGAGAAGGCUCAGAUCACAGAGGAGGAGGCCAAGCUGCUGGCUCAGAAGGCAGCUGAGGCUGAGCAGGAGAUGCAGCGGAUCAAGGCCACGGCCAUCCGGACGGAGGAGGAGAAGAGGCUGAUGGAGCAGAAGGUGCUGGAGGCAGAGAUGUUGGCACUGAAAAUGGCGGAGGAGUCGGAGAGGAGGGCGAAGGAGGCUGACCAGCUGAAGCAGGACCUGCAGGAGGCUCGCGAGUCGGAGCGCAGAGCCAAGCAGAAGCUGCUGGAGAUCACCAGCAAGUCCUCCUACACGCAGUGCAUGAACUCGAGCACGACAGCGCUGCCCACAGACCUGCCCAGCUUCAACCUCAUCAACGAGAGCCUCUCCUUUGACUUCAAGGACACAGACAUGAAGAGGCUCUCCAUGGAAAUCGAGAAGGAGAAGGUGGAGUACAUGGAGAAGAGCAAGCACCUGCAGGAGCAGCUGAACGAGCUGAAGACCGAAAUCGAGGCGCUGAAGCUGAAGGAGAGGGAGACAGCCCUGGACAUCCUGCACAGCGAGAACCCCAGCAGGGGCAGCAGCAAGCACAACACCAUCAAAAAGCCUCAAGCCCAGGGCAGAAGACCUAUCUGCAUUUGAGACUGCCAACUCACCCUACAGAGCACCAAGUCCCGCGUGGCCUUCUUCGAGGAGCUCUAGGAGCCGCUGCUGCCAGCCCUGCCCCUGGCACUGCUGCACCCACCCGGGGCUGGGGAGCCAGGCACCGCCCCCCUGGGCGCUGCCAGCCUCUGCAGGCCAACGGACCCGUGCCCUGGCUGCCCACGGACUCUGUGACGUUCUCUGGCUCCGUGCCCAUCCCUCCCCCCUCGCCCCUCUCUCUCCCUGGUCUCUCUCUUCUCCUAGUGUAGUGUUAGCGCCGCGGCUGUGCCCCCCCAGCCUGGCAGCCCACUGAGGAGUGUGCCCAAAGCUGUGUCCCUGGCAGGGCUGCCCUGUGCUGUGAGCAGAGCCUGGAGCUCCGCAGUGCCAGGCUGCUCUCCACUGGAACCCAGGACGUGUGCUAGCGGAGUGCCCUGGCAGCCAGCUGUGGCACCGGUGCCUGUGGGCACCUCAGGCUGUGGGGGCAAGGGUUGCUGCUGCCCCCCCAGGAGAGCAGGCAGGGCAGGAGGUGGGGUUGAAGGUCUCCUCCUGCAGCACUGCACAGGGUGAGGAGCAGGCACCAGCUAGUGCCAACCAAAUGAAGCCUUCGUUGCAGCAGGCUGGCACAAGCCUGGGCAGCUCCCGCUCGGGGGGGCAGGGCUGGCUCACUGCUGGGCAUUCACUGGGCACACAGGGCCUGCCCCCCGUGAAUGCAGCAUGGGCUCCCCAGCAGCUCCUCUGAGCCCCCCACUGGGGGCUGCCUGUCCCUACGUGGGUGCCUUCACUCACAGCUCCACACCCCCCAGCAGCAGGGGGGCGCUGGGGCUGCCCUGACCUCUUCUUAACCCCCCCCCAGCAGCAGCAGGGGGGCACUGGGGAUCCCCUGACCUCUCUUUAACCCCCCCCCCAGCAGCAGCAGGGGUCACCGGGGAUCCCCUGACCUCUCCUUAGUGUCUCCAUCCCAACCCCUGCCCCUGCCUGGGGCAGUCUCUCCCUUCCAGCUUGCCGGAGGCAGUGCCGCCCCGGGGCAUCCUCUUGACACCCCCAACUCCUCCUUCACACCUCCCAUUCCGCCCCCAGCCACCCCCGAGGCGGGGGACAGUCAGCCCGUGGCAGACCUGGGCCCCAACCUGGUUUUAUUUAACCCCCGGCUGCUGGGCUGCGCUCGCCAGGCGCGGGCCGGGGCCAGCUGGGCAUGGGCUGGCACAGCCGCAGCUCCGCCGCCUGGCACAGCCGCAGCUCCUGGCCCCGGCCCCGGCGCGGGAGGAACUCCACUGCUCGCCGGUUUAAUAAAGCCCAAAGCACUACGAGGGGGA